CUCUCUCCGUACAAUGAUUUAGAAGUUCAGGAAUCCCGCAUGACGUCACGGGGGAUGAUGUAAUGCAUCUGUAAAUAGAACGUAUUGUAAUCCCGCGCCAGUCCAACGUGGUUCUCCGCGCCGCUUGUCCGUCUGAAGGAGCCUCUACGCCGGCCGGUGGUCUAUUUGAGGGGCGUGCGCGUCUAUGACAGCACGGACGCGCUUCGCCGUUACUUCUUUUUUUUGGCUUUUAUGGAACUUUAUGGAGCGGAAACACACCGGAUUCCAUCCCGGAGAAACUUGAGGAUUUGAUUCAUCUGCCUAUUUUUGAUUUGAAUGAACUCCAAAUGCGAUGUUGACAUCCGGCAACAACAGGAAGCUUGCGUAUGACAUGAAUGACAAACAGGACCGGCCUUAUGCGUGCGGGGCCCCUGGCUGCUCUCAGCGCUUCCAGUUUGAGGAGCACCUACUCAUGCACAGACACAAACAUGAGAUGACCCUCAGGUUCUGCGCCAUCAAGACGGACACUUUUACCGACCAGACGCCGACUCCCACCCGGUUUUUGCAGAACUGUGACGAAGUCGGUCUGUUCAAGGAGAUUGAGGAGGAGUUUCUGCAGGCGCAGGAAGAGGAGAGAAGCAAACAGACGGUGUCCCACAAUGGGUCUUCUUGUAUGAAUCAGCACCAGCUGAAACCGCAGCUCCAUCACCAGCCGCCACCACCGCCACAUCAUCACGGCCUGCAGCACCCCCAGCCCCAUGGCCCCCUGAUGGGCCCGAGCUGCAGCUUGGCUGCCCAGCAAGCGGUGUCCUCCUCGCAGUUGGGGUCAGUCUGCACCCAGGCCCCUUCCACGCUCUCACACUCAGGGCCCGUUCCCAGCCCCCCGUCCUCCUCCUCCCUGCUCCACAUGCGCAACAGACACCGUCAGCCGCUGCCAGCCUCCCUGCCGGGCACGCUGCCCGACCCCGCCAUGCAAGGGGCAUCUGCUCAGCACAUGUCUAUGGAGAAGCAGAUGUCUUGUAUAAUGGCUACACCAGGCCCCAUAAACAACCCGUCCUGUUCUUCGCCUCAGAGGUCCAAGCAGAUGAUGAGCCAUCAUUACCAACACCAUCACCCAGUAAUGGUCAACCCUCCGAGCGCCAUGAUAGAGAUGAUGUCACAGCGCCACCAGGCUCCUCCACUUCAACACCACCAUCACCCGCAUCAUCAGCUGACAUCCCUCAGCUACCAGCAGCGAUGCCAUCCACAGCACCUCGGGAGCCCCCACAGCCACCAAUCGCCCCCCUCUCACCGCCCCCAAGGGUCACCUCCCGGCUUGCCCCCGUCUGUACCUGCUCAGGUGUCGCCCGUUCCGCAGCAGCUGCACCCCUGCCAAUCGCCGCACUCCCAGCACGCGCUGCAGUCCGGUGGGAGCUGCGGCCGCCGCAGGCGGAGCUCAGAGCAGGACCCCGACGAGCGCCGGCAGAAGUUUCUGGAGCGCAACAGAGCGGCCGCCACGCGCUGCAGACAGAAGAGGAAACUAUGGGUGUCGUCGCUGGAGAAGAAAGCCGAGGAGCUGACGCACAACAACCUCCAGCUGCAGAACGAGGUGACGUCGUUGAGGUCGGAGGUGGGACAGCUGAAGCAGAUUCUGCUCACCCACAAGGACUGUCCUGUCACAGCCAGGCAGAGAGAAGCACAGGGGUACACUACAGCAGGGGUGAGCCCGGGAGGAAGUCCCACCCCUGUAGAUUCGUUGCGUCACCUGCGGGCCGUCCAACACAACAGCAUCACCACGUCCUCGACGGGAGGCAACACGCAACAGUCUGCACGCUAGAGACUUCUUAACAUUGUUUUUGUUGGUUGUAUUUUUCUAUGAAAGCUUUGCCCUCUCUGACCUAUGCACACUUAUUUCAUGCUCCGCCAUCUUGCACUCAUUUUGAAAAAUAGAUACUAUAAGCUGGUAUUUUAAACAAAGCGUAUGCAAGUGUGCACCUUUUGCCUUCUUUUCCAAUGCAGGGGCAGCUUAUCAAAUAGUAAUAUUUUUCUACUUCAGAUGAUAAUUGCAUCAUGAUCUAACCCCAACAUGAUGCCCUCUCUCUUUUCAGGCACUUUUUUAAAAAACAAACUAAAACCCCCGGCACAUCCUGAUCUACACUGUAAAAAUGACUGAUGAUUUCACAGCAUUUAACAGUAUGUUUUCGCAGUAAAAUCCUAUUAUCAAAAAUGCACUGUAACAUUACAAGAAAAACAACUGAUGAAAUGUAAAAAAAUAUGACAUUUAUAUUUCACAGCAAUUAACAAUAAAAUACUGUAACCACAGUUCUCUGUACGAAUGACUGUAAAUUCAAACGGAUUUGUCUCCUCGUGUGGUUCUGUAGACUACUCUUGUAGAGUAAGUAUGCGGUUAAAAGUAAUUAUCGUAUUUUUCAGAGUAUAAGUCGCACCAGAGUAUAAGUCGCACCUGCCGAAAAUGCAUAAUAAAAAAGGAAAAAAAACAUAUAUAAGUCGCACUGGAGUAUAAGUUGCAUUUUUUUGGGGAAAUUUAUUUGAUAAAACCCAACACCAAAAGAGACAUUUGAAAGGCAAUUUAAAAUAAAUAAAGAAUAGUGAACAACAGGCUGAAUAAGUGUACGUUAUAUGAGGCAUAAAUAACCAACUGAGAACGUGCCUGGUAUGUUAACGUAACAUAUUAUGGUAAGAGUCAUUCAAAUAACUAUAACAUAUAGAACAUGCUAUACGUUUACCAAACAAUCUGUCACUCCUAAUCGCUAAAUCCCAUGAAAUCUUAUACGUUUAGUCUCUUACGUGAAUGAGCUAAAUAAUAUUGUUUGAUAUUUUACGGUAAUGUGUUAAUAAUUUCACACAUAAGUCACUCCUGAGUAUAAGUCGCACCCCCGGCCAAACUAUGAAAAAAACUGCGACUUAUAGUCCGAAAAAUACGGUAAUAGAAAAAAUAAAUGUGUGACGUUACAGCAUAGAGUUGUAAUUUCAUUGUGAUGAACUGUGACAUAGCAGGGCUAAGUUGUAACCUUUCAGUUAUAGUGUACAAAAUAUGGUGAAAAUAAUGAUGAACAUUUCUUCAAAUCCUUUUGUAGAACUGUAAAAUCCCAGCUUUGCAGUUAGAGUAAAUUGCUGUAAAGAUAUUUAACAGUAAUUUACUGUAACUGCUACUGUGAAAGUAAUUAUUAGCCAGUAAUUUGCUGUGAAUU